UGUUCCUUCUGCACAGAUUUAUGUUCAGGCCGUGUGGGCCAGUGCCCUGCUCAGUGUGUAAGCAGCUGCUUUGCUCAGUGGUUUACCACUAGAUGCAUGAAAUAAAUGUGCUUUAUCUAAUGUUUGCGCUUGGGUUGUAAUGAUUUUGCCUCCUUCCAGACUCUAAAUAAGUAAUACAACAAAAAUGGCCUCCAGAAUGCAACUUGCUGCCACUAAACUUCUGUUCUGGGAUCCUUGUUUAUAUUCUGAGCUACUGAGGUUGAAGGACAGGGAUUGCGUAACGCCCUCGAGCAUCUUAGAAUCACAGAAUAGUUUUGGUUGGAAAGGACCUUAGGAUUAUCCAGUUCCCAUCCCCUGCCACGGGUCAGGACACUUCACAUCUGCCCAGAAAGCUGAAGUGGCAAAAAGAAGUUCCAGCUUUGAUCAGACCUCUGAACAUGUAGUGGGUGAGUGGCGCAUCUCAGGGUACAGAAUCCAUUCCAGCAAAGAUGACUGUCUGGGUGCUGUGCCAUGUUGUUUGGAAGUAUGGAAUUUUCAAACCCAUACACUUCAAGCUCCUCUUCUGCUUCACGGUGUAGCUGUUAUUUCCCUGUCAAAGACCACUGUCACUUGGGAAGUGGUUAUUAAUGGAUGAACACGAGGUGACCCAAACAGAGCACAUGGCCACCAUCGAGGCCCAUGCGGUGGCCCAGCAAGUGCAACAGGUCCAUGUGGCCACCUACACAGAGCACAGCAUGCUCAGUGCAGAUGAGGACUCACCAUCUUCACCAGAGGACACGUCCUACGAUGACUCUGACAUCCUCAACUCCACAGCUACUGACGAAGUCACUGCCCACCUGGCUGCAGCAGGCCCUGUGGGGAUGGCAGCAGCCGCUGCUGUGGCGACAGGUAAAAAACGGAAGCGACCACACAUGUUUGAGUCCAACCCAUCCAUCCGCAAGAGGCAGCAAACACGUCUGCUACGGAAGCUCCGAGCCACGCUGGAUGAGUACACCACCAGAGUGGGGCAGCAGGCCAUCGUUCUCUGCAUCUCACCCUCCAAACCCAACCCUGUCUUUAAAGUAUUCGGUGCUGCACCCUUGGAGAAUGUGGUACGCAAGUACAAGAGCAUGAUCCUGGAAGACCUGGAGUCUGCGCUAGCGGAACACGCUCCUGCGCCUCAGGAGGUUAACUCCGAGCUGCCACCCCUCACCAUCGAUGGCAUUCCUGUCUCGGUGGACAAGAUGACCCAGGCACAGCUACGAGCUUUCAUCCCUGAGAUGCUGAAGUAUUCCACAGGUCGUGGGAAACCAGGCUGGGGCAAGGAAAGCUGCAAACCCAUCUGGUGGCCUGAGGACAUCCCAUGGGCCAACGUCCGCAGUGAUGUCCGCACAGAGGAACAGAAGCAGCGGGUAUCAUGGACCCAGGCACUACGGACAAUUGUGAAGAACUGCUACAAGCAGCACGGGCGUGAGGACCUGCUCUAUGCCUUUGAGGAUCAGCAGACACAGCAGCAGACGACGACCACACAUAGUAUAGCACACCUUGUGCCAUCACAGACAGUGGUACAAACCUUCAGUAACCCUGAUGGCACCGUGUCCCUCAUCCAGGUUGGCACCGGUGCCACAGUUGCCACGUUGGCUGAUGCCUCAGAGCUGCCCACCACAGUCACCGUCGCACAAGUGAAUUACUCUGCAGUGGCUGAUGGAGAGGGCCAGCUCUGGGCACAGGAGAAUGAAGCAGUUGCCUUGAACGUCAGACGGCUGGGGAUGGCCAAAGAGCUUCGACGAGCGCCAGCUUUGCUUCUGCCCAAGUGCUGGAAAACCAGACUGGCAGCUGCUGAGGAGUGUGUGAUAGCAGAUGUGGAGCAGAACUGGGCCACGCUACAGGGGGGUGAGAUGACGAUCCAGACGACGCAGGCAUCAGAGGCCACGCAGGCGGUGGCAUCAUUAGCGGAAGCAGCAGUGGCAGCAUCUCAGGAGAUGCAGCAAGGAGCAACUGUUACCAUGGCACUCAACAGUGAAGCAGCCGCCCAUGCAGUAGCCACGCUUGCUGAAGCCACUCUUCAAGGGGGAGGACAAAUUGUCCUGUCUGGUGAAACAGCAGCAGCAGUAGGAGCGCUUACUGGAGUCCAAGAUGCCAAUGGCUUCCUAACAGCAGACUAUUCAGGUUGCAAGUGGAGCCUAACAGAGUGUUCACCAGGUCUCGUCCAGAUCCCCGUCAGCAUGUACCAGACCGUGGUGACCAGCCUGGCCCAAGGCAACGGCCCCGUUCAGGUGGCGAUGGCCCCCGUUACCACAAGGAUAGGGGACAGUGCUGUCACCGUGGACGGGCAGGCAGUGGAAGUGGUCACCUUGGAACAGUGAUGUUCCCCGAGCCAGGAUCACGGUGGUUUUCCUCGUCUCUCAAUGCGACUUAGAAGUUUUUUACGCCUCUCCAGAGAUGCAUUGAGGUGGCAUCGAGUCUCCAGCUUUGGAAGCAAAGGGUUUGAAGUUUUGUUAACUUUUUUUUUUCUUUUUUAAAAGGAAAAAAAGGAGGAAAGAAAAAAAAAAAAAAAGGAAAAACCCGGGAAAACAGGAAUAAUCUUAGCAGAGGAUGUGUGUAAAGUGCGUUUUCACAGCGCCACUCUGCUCUCGGAGGAGAGAGAAGCCAAAUUGUGACGGGACUUUCAUUGCGAGGAGAUCUAAAACGAAAGGAAACAAGCCCCUUAUUCCCUAAUUCCCCACUACAGGAUGGAGCAGGAUGAGGCGUGGAGGGGAAUGUGGAUACCCUCAGCCGAAGCUGCUCCCGGGCACGGCCCUCUGCACUUGGCAAAUUAGAUUUCAAACAAUUUUAACGUGGACUUUUAUAAUGACAGCAAAAUGAAAUAACCGCAAAAAAAAAACAAAAAACAAAAAAACCAGGAAAAUAUUUUGGGAAAAGGCUCCUCUCUUGGGAUAACAUAAAGGAAUGCAUGUGUGACUGCAGGGGGGCGGCAGCCUUGGGAAGGGGGUGAUGCUCUUCCAGGAGCCAGCGGAAUGCCGCCCUCCCCUCGCCGUGCUCCGCUCGGCUCCCCUUGGUGCACACUGGAGACCUUGUUCUUACUCUCUGCUCUCAGAACGUACCUGCCAUUGUCCAUCUUCUUCUUUCCUUUAUUAUUAUUAUUAUUAUUGUUAUUAUUAUUAUUAUUGCCCAUUUUUUUUUUGUGGAUCUAAACCCGAGUGGGAAUGCCUCUGGAGGGGCUCUGGCUGCGUUCUUCCCUGCUUGCCCAGCGCCUUCCCAGCACUUCCCUCGCCAAAGAGCCACCUUGGGCUCAUCCCAGUCCCCGUUAUCCCCCCAGGACCCCACAUCCUCCCUUCCCAUCCCCGGAGAGUCCAGUUCCCACAGGAAAAGGUUCACUUGAAGGUAAUGGGGGGGCUACACGCGCAGCCCUUUCCCUUUGGGAGACCCCUUCUCCAUCCCCAACCUUCCAACCUAUCCCUUCCCCUGCCCUUUGUGCAUCUCCAAAGGACUUUUAAUCCCCAAAACUUUUCCAGGAAGUUAUAAAUAGGCCUUUGGAGUGGAAUAUUUGGGGGGGGGGGGGGAGGAACUUAACGUUCCCAUAGGCCAAACCCUCCCAUCCCAAUGGAUCUUCCUCAGCCGCAGCCCCCCCAACUCAUGAAGUUGUGCAUCUUAUUUAAUUCUGGAGUUGGUUUGUUGUUUUUUUUUUUGGGGGGGGGGGUGGUGUUAAAGUUUUCUUUCCACGUGCCCAUUCACAGAUUCCUCCCCAUCCCGCUCCACCUUUGAGGGAGUCUUCAGGUUUUCUUGUAUUCCCUUGUUUUCUAUGGACAAAAAGAAGCGAUCCCAAACGUUCUUUGUACACGUUCCUUCCGUGCUGUUCGACAAGGGGGAGGGAGAUCUUCCCGUCGAGGCAGUCCUGGUUCUCUCCCUGUGGGUGACCACCGUGCGGAAUUCUUUGGGAAUGAUUAUUUUUCUAUUGUCGUUGUGAAGAUGUCGGUGGCUUUUCCAAGUCAAGUGCUCCUUUGGCGAUGAAACGAUGCCCUUUGUCCCCCUGCCCUCCCCACAAAGAGGCACAAACCAGGCAAGUAGCAGAGCAUGGACCACCCCCACCCCCCCUUUGUUUUUCCAGUGUCUAUUAUUGCUUCAUUCAAUAAAUUGUUACAACUGUGUCUA